CCCAAUUUUACGCCAAACACAAACCAUAGAUGAUGCUAUAUGUAUAAGUAAUAGCAGUAGAGUUUUUUGAGUUUUGUGACCACCUACGCGGCUCUAGCUUCAGCUGGAAGAAUUCAGUUUCCAGUUGGCCGUAUUCAUUUCAAUUCCCUUCCAGCUAUAGAUUCAAACGGAAACUUCCUUCUUUUUUUUUUUUUUUUUUCUAAUUCAUCAAUAAUAGCAAUCUUUGCACUGCUUUUCAACAUUUCCAAAUUCGAUGAUUCCACUUUCCCUGUAUUCUUGACCAUUUAUGAUCAGGCAAUUCAUGAUUUCCUCCCUCCUCGUGUAAACAUAAUACGCAAGAAUCAAUCUCUAUUACUCGAGAAAUCAAAAUGCAUAACCACUGGGGAGGAUCGUUGGAGAUAAGUACGACGGAUUCAGCCACAGAAGAUGAAAAGAGCAGGAACAUGGAAUGGGACAGGGCUUCCGUCUCAUACCAACACUAUCAACACUUGGACGAGACACAACAAAGUUGGCUGUUGGGGCCGCCGGAGAGGAAGAAGAAGAAGUACGUCGACUUGGGCUGCGUCGUUUGCAGCACAAAAGCCCUGAAAUGGACCGUUUAUGGAAUCUUGAUUGCGUUCUUUGUGAUUGGUUUGCCGGUCAUGAUAGUCAAGCUGGUGCCUAAGCAUAAACAUCAUCCUUCCCCUCCUGAUAAUUACACACUCGCACUCCACAAGGCCCUCCUCUUCUUCAACGCCCAAAAAUCUGGGAAAUUGCCCAAGAACAAUGGUAUACCUUGGAGAGGAAAUUCAGGAUUGUCUGAUGGAUCAAAAUUGACUGAUGUUAAAGGAGGAUUGGUGGGAGGAUACUAUGAUGCUGGAGAUAACAUAAAGUUCCAUUUUCCCAUGUCAUUUGCCAUGACCAUGUUAAGUUGGAGUGCUAUUGAGUAUGAACAAAAAUAUAGAGCAAUUGGAGAGUAUGAUCAUAUCAGGGACCUUAUCAAAUGGGGCACUGAUUACUUGCUCCUCACCUUCAACUCCACUGCAACUAGGAUUGACAAAAUCUACAGUCAGGUGGGUGGGGCAAGAUUGAAUUCCACCACACCAGAUGACCAUUACUGUUGGGAGAGGCCAGAAGACAUGGAUUAUACUCGAGAUGUACAAAUGGCAACUGGAGCUCCAGAUCUUGGUUCUGAAAUGGCAGCAGCAUUAGCAGCAGCAUCCAUAGUUUUUCGCGACGACAAUCUUUACUCCAGAAAGCUUGUUCAAGGUGCCACAACAGUGUUUAACUUUGCCAGGAGGUUUGGAGGAAGGGUUCCAUAUAGUCGAGGCAAUCCUGUUAUUGAGCCAUUCUACAACUCCACCGGAUUCUGGGAUGAUUACAUGUGGGGUGCAGCCUGGAUGUACUAUGCUACAGGGAACCGUAGCUACAUCUCAUUUGCAACAGACUCGCGCUUGUCUAAGCAUGUAAAAGCAGCCUUGAUGAUUCCAGAUUUAAGUGUAUUCAGUUGGGACAACAAGUUACCUGGUGCUAUGCUGCUCCUGACCAGAAUGAGAAUGUUCUUGAACCCGGGCUAUCCGUACGAGGAAAUGCUGGGGAGCUAUCACAACUUGACUGGUCUCACCAUGUGUUCUUAUCUUCAAACGUUCCAUGUAUUUAACUGGACUAAAGGGGGAAUGAUUCAGCUAAAUCAUGGGAGAGGACAGCCUCUGCAAUAUGUGGCCAACGCCGCCUUCUUGGCAUCUGUUUUUGCUGAUUAUAUGAAUGCCACUAAUGUUCCAGGGUGGUAUUGUGGCUCUUCCUUCAUGUCUCAGGAUGUAAUCCGCGAAUUUGCUGCUUCUCAGAUGGACUACAUUCUCGGCAAAAACCCCCUAAAUAUGAGCUAUGUGGUUGGAUAUGGCAAGAAGUUCCCCGAACAUGUACACCAUCGUGGUGCAUCAAUACCACAUAACAAUGUAAAAACUUCAUGUACCGGCGGAUGGAAGUGGCGUGACAGCCGGAAUCCAAAUCCCAACACCAUUACGGGUGCCAUGGUUGGAGGGCCGGAUAAGUUUGACAAGUUCCAGGAUGUGCGUAAGAGCUACAGCUACACAGAGCCCACACUUGCAGGAAAUGCAGGCUUAGUUGCUGCAUUGGUGUCCCUGACAAGCACUGCUGGGAAUGGAGUCGACAAAAACACAAUUUUCUCCGCAGUUCCACCACUUUAUCCAGCUACCCCACCACCACCCCCACCAUGGAGGCCCUAAAAGAUUAAUGGAAACAGAUGUUCUGCGUCACCUCAAAUUUUCUUUUACUUGAUAAUGUCUUGGUUACUUAUUGUACAAAAACGUUAUGAUACAUCUGAUACAAUCAUUUGACCGAGAACUCGGAGUGAACAAGAGCACAAUAAACUGAUUAAAGCUA